AUAAUUACCAUGAAGUUUAUUGGCUCUCUUCUUUAUCUUUUAUUAAUAUUAAUAACUAUUGCAAGUAUCGUCACAUCGGAGCCUAAGGCAAGAUCAAGAAGAAGCAUUGACUUUAAUGAUGUAGUUAAAUUACCUGGAUACAGAAUGCCUCGGAGUUUUAAACCAGACACUUAUGAACUUGAAAUAAAACCUUACACAAUAAAUGCUACUUUUGUUGGGAGUCUUAAAAUAUUUGGCAAUUGGAUCAGUGAUGGCUCACGAAUAAAAUUGGACGCUGAUCGUGGUUUGGAUAUCACUAACAUAAAUAUCCAAUGUAUCGCUCCGAAUACUACGUCGACAUUUGAAGAUGCCAACGUAGCUGAGCGUGAGCACAAUAUACAAAAAUCUGAAUUAAAUAUCGAUUUGGAACAAUGGUACACCGGAGGACAAAAAUGUAUCAUAAAUAUUAAUUACACUGGUAAUAUUUCAACGUCUGACUCGUAUGGAUUUUUCAUGAAUUCAUAUCUGGAUACUCUCGCUCAAGCCCACACAUUUCUCGCUACUCAUCUGAGACUCAAUAAUGCAAGAAAACUAUUUCCUUGCAUCGAUGAGCCGGAAUAUAAGGCAACCUUUGAGCUUUCCUUGAUCCGUCCAAAAAAUCUCCAUUCUCAUUCAAAUAUGCCUCUCAUAGCGUCUACUGAGAUAUCAGGAGAGCCGAAUUUAAUGAGAGAUAUUUUUGAAAAAACUCCUGAAAUUUCGACGUACCAAUUGUCAUUUAUGAUUUCGGAUUUUGAAAGUAUGUCACCCAGUAGAUCUGUUAAUCCGACAGAAGGUCGCGCUCCGCUGGAAAUAAAAAUCUGGGGAAGAAAAGAAUAUUUGCCAACAUUGUCCAAAGUUCCAAAUAAAAUUGUUACAAUUGUUAAUUACUUACAAAAUUAUUUUAAUAUUUCAAUCGGUCUGCCUAAAUUGGAUCUUGUGGCUAUGCCGAUGUACACCGCUUCAAAAGCGUCCGACAGUUGGGGUCUUAUGUUUUUCAAAGAAAGUGAAUUGAGCAGUCCAUCAGUUUGGAAUACAGCUUAUGAAUUAAUUUAUCAAUGGAUUGGACAAAGAAUUACUCCUUUCCGAUGGAGUGACGCUCAAGUUAACAAAGCGCUUAAUUCAUUUUUAGCGUCUAAAACAACAGUAGACAUUGAUCCAAAUGAAACGGAGGGAAAAUGGCCAAUGACACUUUUAUACUCUCUGUACUACGAGUUUGGUAAAACAUUGCCGUUUACCCGAGUCGCUGGUAUAAGACACGAAGCGACGUGCUCAAAAACUGAAUUGGUAUUCCGCAUGUUUAAUUAUACACUUGGUGAAGAUAUUUUCCGUCAGGGAGUCCAAAAAUUUAUUCACGAAUCAGCUAAAAAUCGGAGUUUUUAUGCUAAUGAAAUAUUCAGUCAAUUGGAUGAAGUGAGGGUGAAGAAUAAUUUAACCCUGCCUAAUGACCUGACAAUCAGCAGCAUCGCAGCGCCUUGGAUAAAUAGAGACCGUGUACCAGUGGUAACAGUAACUCGCGAUUACGAAACCGGAAGUAUAACCUUCACACAAAAUGUAUUUCUUCGUCAAGUACCACCAGCUUCUAAUGAAAAAAUGUCUUAUUUAUGGGACAUACCAAUUAUAAUGGUAUCACAAAAUGAUUUGAAAUUUUCUAAACUUUAUCCUAAUUUAUGGUUGACUAAAAGUGACAGUACAAUCACUGUACCAGAUUCUACAUCCAAAGAUCAUUUUGUUAUUGUUAAUCCAGAAGAAAUAGGAAUGUUUCCGGUAAAUUACGAUCUCUGCAAUUGGCAAAUGUUAAGUGAAUUUCUUCAAGGACCCAACCGAGAAACAAUACCGGUGUUAACUCGCGCUAAACUAUUACAUGACGCCUGGAAUAUGGCGUACUCGGGUAAUUUUUGCUUCCAAGUAGCGCUCAAUAUGACACUAUUUUUGAAAAACGAAACAAGUCACGUUGUCUGGCAGCCGUUUUUCACCAUGAUUGAUCACGUUGGCAGAAAAAUCCAAGAAUCAGAGACUGUAGCAUCUAAUUUUGAAGCGUACAUCUUCAGUCUCCUUGAGCCGUUGUACAAGAAUCAGCUUGGCGAGACGGCAAGUCCGAAUGAGCCUUCGUGGAAAACUCACAUGAGAGGGCUUGUCAAGAAUUUCUUAUGUCGCGCCGGUUAUCGUCCUUGCAUCGAAGAAGCCAAAGAACAGUAUAAAAAGUGGAUGAAGGAUGAUGAACCCGAUGAAGGAAAUCCAGUCGCGAAUGAAUUUAUUUGUCCAGUUUUCCGAUGGGGCACGAUGGAAGAAUGGGAGUUUGGUCUUCAAAGAGUAAUUAAUUUUCCCCAGAAAACAAUGGAGCGAAAACAGAGCGAGCGGACAUAUUUAUUGAAAACAUUAGCGGGAUGUCCUGUUGAUAAAAGUAAAAUUGAAAGGCUAUUGAAUGUUACAAUUCUUAAUGAAAAUUCAAACUUCACGGAUUCCGAUAUUCAAUUAAUCUACAGUACCUUGACAGGAAGCGCAACCGGAUAUUUUGCAUUAUUUGAUUUUCUCGUAGACCACUGGGAUCUGAUGAAGCAAAGAUUUGAAAGCAAAGAGCAUUUGUGGAACGGUAUUAUUAACUCAGCUACUUCAUCAUUCAGCACUCAGGAAGGCUAUGAUAUGGUAUCGCAAUUGUACAAAGACCGUCAAAGGGAGGCUGAUCCUUCAGAAGUCAUUAUUAAAAAAGUAAUGGGAGAUUUAGAGGAAGAAUUGAAGUGGAGUAAAAAAAAUCUUCCUGUUAUUGAAGAAUGGUUGAACAAUCAUCUCGAUCAACAACGACCGUCGUUACUCAUGUCUUCCGCUCGUCAUACAACAAUUACUGCUGCUACUACUACAACUAGUUCUACUCUAACUCCAAUAGCUGGAUAA